AUGGCUUCGCACGACUCUGAAAGAGACCUCCCCAUCCCACUCCCUUCACCACUCCAAUCCCAUCCGCCAGACUUCCCGAUCGACUCCCCCACCGACACCGACCCAGCUCCUGUUUCUCCCAUAUCCUCCAUAUUCCCAAUGUCUACAGUUCCAACGUGGCCGGGAUUCGGAGCAGGCCUUAGGAUGGUCAGCCCCAGUCCCCCGCCCACGGCCGUCUACCCACGACCACUCCCAUCGCUUCCAUCCCUCGAUACAUCUCCAGAGGCAGCUAGACAGGAGCCCGCAUAUGUCACGAGGACCCGCCUCCGAGUCGAGCGCCGCAUCCGCUACCUCCCCGAAUGGGAAACGCCCCGAAACCCGCCCAAGCGCAGCAAGCUACAGCAGACGCGCAACCUACUAUCGUCCAUUCCCUUCUUCGAAGCGAGGAAGCAGCCGAGUUUUGUCAAGAAGCAGCAUAAGCCGCGCUCCAUGUCAAUUCCUUCGUUGUUCAGUUUGAUGGACCCGCCGGUUGCCGAGGAGAAAGAUGAGGCGAUGCCUCCCAACGAUCAGCAUGGGGCGAAUAAUUCGGGCUGGAGAAAGAGUUUGGGAUUUGGGUAUGGGAAGAAUAGCUCUGCGGGCUUGGAUCUGGAACGACAUGGUGAGGGCGGGAUAGUGCCGACGCAUACCGUUACGACGCUGGGAAGCAUUCCGAAUCCACCGCCACCGCCGAGACUCACGGAGAAGGAGAGGAUGAGGAGUUGGGUCAAUCAGAGGUUGUUGCCGCCUGAGAAGCGGUACCCCUUUGGUUUAGACAGGCGUCGGUUUUGUCUUUUCGUUCUUCUGCCACUUCUGUUGCUCUUGUUGCUCGGGUUGGCACUCGGCCUUGGAUUGGGACUCGGACUCAAGCACAAUGACGACGACAGCGACCUCCCAAUCCCCCCUCCCCUCGGUGAAGACCCCCCGAUGGCGAUCCACCAAGCAACCUUCAAUCAUUACUCUCCUUCCAACGGCACCGGCGCUUGCGGCUACAACAUCACCAAUGACGAGGUCGUCGUCGCCAUCUCGUACAAAAUCUGGGACGAAGCUGCCAAACGUGCUACCGACCUCCUCCCGCAAGAACUACAGGACAGUUCUCUGAACUCAGAUCCAAACACGAACCCGCUUUGUGGAAAGGUGAUCUGGCUAGGACGAAACGACGACUUUGAGAAUAGGGAUAACUGGAUUCAGGCGAGGGUAGCCGACAGAUGCGCGCCAGAGAGAUGUCCGGAGUCGGAGGAUGUAGAUUUGACUGCAGGAGCAUUCGAGGCUGUGUACGAUUCGGAUUUUGGAAGCGCGAAUUCGGAUGUGGGAGAAGAGCAAGAUGGAGGAAGGGAAGGAUGGUGGGUUUGGGAUGCUGAGGCAGAUGCACGCGAGUAA